UCACUUUUUUGGAGCAGCCACCGCAUACUGAAGUACUUGAGGAUUGUUUACACACAAAAUUUUUUUUUUCCGGCACUUAUCAAAACUCUGGAAACUAUUUUCGGCGUGCAUUUUGCGGACAAACCAAACGGGCAACUAUACCAUAAAGUGUUUUGCAGCAAAGGUAACCGGUUGAUGUCGGAUAUGGAGGUUUCCGAUGUGCAAAAGGAUAUAUUCGAGAAAAUCGAACUUAACAAGGCUGACGAGCUCCGAGCUUUGCUGGCUGCCAACAAAAUUAAAACCGAAUUUACUGAUGAAAAUGGCAUGAGCCCGCUCCAGCAUGCCUGCUACAAGGGCAACAAGGACAUUGUGCAAAUGUUACUGGAUCACGGAGCCGAUCCAAACAAAUGCGAGCACGAGCACAAGUACACGGCUCUGCACUUUGCUGCUCUGAGCGGCAAUGCUGAUCUAUGUCAUUUGUUAAUGGCUUACGGAGCUAAAGUUAAUGCGCUCAAUAGUGUGGGCAGAACUGCGGCUCAGAUGGCUGCAUUUGUAGGGAACCAUAAUUGCGUUGUUGUGAUCAAUAACUUUAUACCAAAGGCAGAUGUGGACUACUACAUCAAAGCUCAGGGCUUGCAGAAAGAACCAAUGUUGCAUCCACACCUGGCAGAUUCUUUCCAUUUGUUUAUUAUGCAAGUCAAUGUCCACCCAAUCAGAGUUAUCAUGAAUUUACAAAAGUUUCCUGGUCUAUUGGAUAAUUUGUCAAUGAUUCAAAAAGUUCUUGAAACUAUGUGCCACAAAGAAAUGACCAAAGGUCCAGAGACGAAUGAAAUUAUGGCUUUCAAAUAUCAUUACCUCGGCUGUGUCGUAGGUGAAGUAAUUAGAUUUAAAAAUCGUCAAGAAACAAUGAAAACUAGUAAAGCUGAGGAUGAAAGAAUGGUAGAAGACCACACGGAAGACAAAUCUGAUGAGAAAAAGGCUGAUGUCGUAGAAUUGCUGGUCAAAAAGUUAUUAAAGUGUAAAAGUAAUGGAUCCUACGAUUAUCAGGAGCAAUUUUUAAAAGACAUAGUUCGGGAGUUCAACUACAGGGAUAGUGCCAUUUUUAGACAGAUGGUCGCAACAUUGGCCAGUUCAAGUCCUCCUAGUGCAGUUUCCGUCAUUGCUGCAGCCAUAAACGGUCAGAGAGCUUUUAAUGAUAGUGCGCAAAUAUGUGCAACUUGCGGAGAAGAGAAAGCAACAAAAAAAUGCAGCAGAUGCAAAACGGUUCAAUACUGCGACAGAGAAUGUCAAAGAGUGCACUGGUUUUUGCACAAAAGAGCUUGUAAUCGUUUAAGCCAGUCUAACAGUUCUCAAGAAAAAAUACCUGACGAAAUAGACAGUAGACAAAUCAGCACAGAUGUUACUUCUAGACUUGAGCAAAUGCACGUUAGUUAAUUUUUACUUGAAUGCUUCUGUAUUUAUAGCUGUUGUGAAAUUUAUGUAUUUCAUUUGUUGUGUUAUGUAUAUUUAUUUUACACUUACGAAACUGACAUUUUCCGUUUAUGUUAUUGUUUUAAAAAGGAAAAGUAUAAUUUGUAAGCCGUAUCUUAAAGAUGUAGGCACCAACUUUUUUUAAGUAUAUUUUUUAUCAGUUUUAUUGGUAUUUAUUUUUCCACAAACACAAUGUGGUCUAACCAUAUUAAAAUAAAUAUGAUAAAGUCAUUAUUGAAAAUCAUGUGAAUUUUUCAAUAUAAAAUCAACAAUAAGAAUUGUAUGUGUUCUCUAAAUUCUAUGCAGUGUCACUUUUGGAAAAUAUAACUCUUA